AAAUUUACCAAAUGAAUAAUAUAUAUGAAAACAUUGACGGUCAAGAGGAACUGAACUUUCAAUUACUUUUUCUGUACAACCAACCCGGCAAUGACUUACCCCCAGAUGACCCAACUGAUGAAUCUGGUGUUCCCUCAAACCAUGACAUCAAUCGAACGUCCCCCUGUAUUCAUCAAGACCUAUACGGCGAUGAGUCGGUCGCCCAACUCUCUCACCUUCUCACCUACGAGCAAUCUGAUCUCAGACAAUCAUAUGGGCUCUCCCCAUCACUCACCACCCACCCUGGUGCCUUCCAAGGCAACAGCCCAAGAAUUGAGAUCACUUGUUCUGACCUGCAUCAUCAUCGUGACCAUGUCCACACCACCCCAUUGGACAUCGAUCGCCCCAUGUUGACCGUGCCCGGGUAUGACAUGCCCUACAGGGAAAGCCAAUGCCUCAGUCCGGCUAGUAGCAACUCUUCUACUAGUUGGCACUCGGAUGGAUGUUCCCCUGGAACAUAUUCCCCUUGCAUCUCUCCUGGCGGUGGAGGAAGUUUGGUUGGAGUGACUGAAGCCGACCUCUGCCCGAGGCUUCAGGCCAUCCAAGCGUCUGGUUCUCCUAACACGUCCCCUCGCACUAGCAUCACCGAAGAGACCUUCCUGGACCGCCGAUCAUCUUCCCCACGUCCAGGUUCCAGGUCGGCUUCUCCACAGGGCAAACGCACCUACGAUCAGUACCAGACCCAAAGAUCUCAAAGUCCACACUUUGGGCCAGAUGAGCCUCUGGAGUUUUGUGGACAUCUGGCAAAAUUGGAAGAUUCUUUGAGCAACCUUAGUAGCAACUUGGCAAAACCGAUUGCCACCAAGAUUGUCCGGCCAAAUCCAGAGUAUUCUGUCUACAAAGAAAGCCAAGCAGGCCAGUUCACAGCCAUGCCGGAAAUGAAGAAAGAAUUCACAAUGCAGUCUUGCUAUUUCAUGCCAGCUGACUGGUCCAGUCAGACUCUCACAGGGGUUUGUAGUGUACCAGUAGCUGCCCUGCCUGCGUUGGACUGGCCUCUUCCCAGCAGUGCUGAUCAGUAUGAGCUCAGAAUUGAGGUUCAGCCCAGACAACACCACCGAGCCCACUACGAGACAGAGGGCAGUAGAGGCGCUGUCAAAGCAUCUUCUGGAGGCCACCCGGUUGUUCAGUUACGAGGGUACACGGGGACGGAGCCGCUAGCUCUGCAGAUCUUCAUCGGUACGUCUGACGACAGGAACCUCAGACCGCACGCUUUCUACCAAGUCCACCGCAUCACCGGCAAGACCGUCACCACCAGCAGUCAAGAACGAAUACUGAACGGGUCGAAAGUUCUAGAGGUGCCCCUGGAACCCAAGGAGAACAUGCGCGCAGUAGUUGACUGUGCGGGUAUCCUGAAACUGAGAAACGCUGACAUAGAGUUGAAGAAAGGAGAGACAGACAUCGGACGGAAAAACACUCGAGUGAAACUGGUCUUCCGCGUCCAUGUGCCUCAACCCGGAGGCCAGUGGCUCUCUCUCCAAGUGGCUUCGCAGACUAUUGAGUGCUCUCAGAGGUCGGUCCACGAACAGCCGGCGGUAGAGUGUCAGGACGUGGACCACUGCUCGGUUCUGGGUGGACUGCAGAUGACCCUUAGGGGCCAGAACUUCACUCCUGAGUCCAGAGUUAUCUUCUUUGAGAAGGCACAUGUUGAUUUACAAAUCUGGGAUGCUGAAGCAAAAGUUUACAGAGACAAAAGCACGGCUAACUUGUUGUUUUUGGAGAUUCCUUCUUAUCGGGACCCCAACAUCUACUACCCUGUUAAAGUCAACUUUCACGUGCUGAACGGCAAGAAGAGACACAGCCAACCUCAACACUUCACCUACACACCUCUCUCAGUGCCAUUGAUUAAGGCCGAGCCUGUCGAAGAAUAUCAGUACACACAGUUAGGCUGUCCUGUACGCCCCAUCAUGAGGGUGUCUCCGCCCCCUCGACAUCUUACGGAUGGCCACAUCAUGCCAAGUGGGCCCUCGUGCCUGCUAUCUCACCCUGGCAUGUACCCUACUGGCCCACAACAUCACCUUCAACAACAACCAAUCCACUACCAGCUCGAUCACGCUUUGCCAGGAGACCACGCCAUCUCCCCAGGUCAUUCUUCGUGUAUGGCGCCCACACAUGCUGCUACGUCACUGUCUUCCUUCAGACCCAACACUUACCAGCACAACAUGGCUGGUGACGCAAUCCAGAUGGCUGCUUCUUUGUUUCCAACUGUUGAUAUCUCAGAGAUGUGCUCCGCUGUGGGCCAUCAGAAGGCGUACGGCUCAAGGGCUUCUCCAACCACAGGAAGGUCUCCACCAGUCCACAGCCUUCAGACGUACCUGCCCGUACAGCAUCAGAGAACCAGCAGUCCUGUGAGAGUCACCAUCAAAAAGGAGAACCUGGAUCAAGCCUAUCUUGAUGAUGUGAAUGCAGUUAUAAGAAAGGACCUCGUUCCUAAAAAUGAUCGCUGAUGCCAACUGUGGAAAUAAAGCGACACAAUGAAGAUUGUUGAUGGCCUUGAUAUGUACUUAAAAUACUGGCUUUUUUCAUAUCUAUGAUUUGUACACAGGUAAAUAAUGAUUUCAGUUGGGACGUUCGACUUGAGGUAAUAUCAGAGGUCUAGUUUAUCUUGUUUAAUCACUGCUGGCCAAAAGUUUGGAAUAAUGUACAGAUUUUGCAGUUUCGGAAGGAAAUUGGUACUUUAAUUCACCAGAGUGGCAUUCAACUGAUCACAAAGUAUA